GGCCGGGAGCUGCGGAAGCGCAGGCGGCCGGGGCUGCGUCCCUGUCGGCCCCGGGGCGGCGGGAGGCGGAGCGAGAGGCCGGGCACGGCGGCAUCCUCCAGGGCGGCCAUCGCCGCGGCUCCAUGGAGAAGCGGGGUGCCCCGCCAGCCGCCCCCCCGCGGGGCCCGGUGCUGCACAUCGUGGUGGUGGGUUUCCACCACAAGAAGGGCUGCCAGGUUGAAUUUUCCUAUCCUCCCCUAAAGCCUGGAGAAGGACACGACAGCCACAGUUUGCCAGAGGAAUGGAAAUACUUGCCAUUUCUCGCCUUACCAGAUGGUGCUCACAACUAUCAGGAAGAUACUGUGUUUUUCCAUUUGCCACCAAGAUGUGGGGAUCGAACCACAGUGUAUGGCGUCUCUUGCUAUAGGCAAAUUGAAGCAAAGGCAUUAAAGGUACGGCAGGCAGACAUCACCCGAGAAACAGUACAGAAAAGUGUCUGUGUUCUCAGUCAGCUGCCUUUAUACGGGUUACUUCAGGCAAAGCUGCAACUCAUUACACAUGCGUAUUUUGAAGAAAAAGACUUCUCUCAAAUUUCAAUUCUAAAGGAACUUUAUGAUCAUAUGAAUAGUUCCUUGGGCAGUACUUUGCUAGAAGGGUCACAAGUUUAUCUUGGUCUGUCUCCUCGGGAUCUUGUUCUUCACUUUAGACACAAGGUCUUGAUCCUUUUUAAACUGAUUCUUCUAGAGAAAAAGGUGCUGUUUUAUAUUUCUCCAGUAAAUAGAUUAGUGGGAGCUCUGAUGACUGUCCUGUCGCUUUUCCCUGGUAUGAUUGAACAUGGUCUUACUGACUGCUCACAGUAUAGACCGAGAAAGAGCAUAUCAGAGGAUGCUGGCUUGCAGGAAAAUACACCACGGUUAGAUGACUCUGUUUCUGUGUCUGCUGCUGAUGCUUCAAAUACAAACUUAGGAAUGGGAGAGGGAGGCAGGAAGAUGGCGGGAAACCAUUUGCUGGGAGGCCAAAAAGCAAAUGUGCCUUUCUCCCAGUCAGAGAAGAUUUGCAACGGAGCUCAGUCCUCUGAUGGUACUGUGCAGCGCUUGAAAGUUCCUUCCCGCGCUUCUCCAGCAUCCUCUGAAAGUGACUGGGAGACCUUAGAUCCUAGCAUUUUGGAGGAGUCUAACUCGAGAGGAGAAUGUGAAAAUACAGCAUCAGAACAGGCUGAAAAUCUUCCAAGCAAAGGCGUGAGCUCAGAAAGCCUUCCAAUCACUGUGCAGCCCCAAGCAAACACGGGACACACGGUGCUUGUUCCAGGAGUGAUAUCUGGGUUGGAAGAGGACCAGUAUGGUAUGCCGUUGGCUAUUUUUACAAAGGGAUACCUCUGUUUGCCAUACAUGGCACUGCAGCAGCAUCAUCUCCUAUCAGAUGUAACAGUCCGCGGCUUUGUUGCAGGAGCCACCAAUAUCCUCUUCCGUCAGCAGAAACAUCUGAGUGAUGCAAUUGUGGAAAUAGAAGAUGCUCACGUACAAAUCCACGAUCCAGAACUCCGUAAGAUACUGAACCCAACAACUGCUGACCUGAGAUUUGCAGAUUACUUGGUGAAGCAUGUAACCGAGAACAGAGAUGAUGUUUUCCUUGAUGGCACUGGAUGGGAAGGAGGAGAUGAGUGGAUCAGGGCUCAGUUCAGUGCUUAUCUUCAUGCACUGCUUGCUGCUGUGCUGCAACCAGACAAUGAAAAGACCUUGUCAGACUUUGGAACAGCAUUUGUAGCAGCCUGGAAAAAUACCCACAACUACAGAGUAUGGAAUAGCAACAAGCAUCCAGCUCUUGCAGAGGUAAAUUCUAGCCACCCAUUCCAGGGACAGUACUCGGUAUCAGAUGUUAAGUUAAGAUUGUCACACUCUGUGCAAAACAGUGAACGUGGAAAGAAGAUUGGAAAUGUGAUGGUUUCUACUAGCCGAAAUGUUGUGCAAACAGGAAAAGCUGUAGGUCAGUCGGUUGGAGGAGCCUUCACAAGUGCGAAAUCAGCUAUGUCGUCAUGGUUUUCCACUUUUACACAGUCAACCCAAAGCCUUGGGGACUAAGUUACGGUUUUGCAUAAUGCUGCUGAAUAUUUCAGGUGCAAUGCUUUCUCUGAGCUAUAAAAAGACCACUCCAAAACAUAGGAGUGAAGAUUAACUACCCAGGACCAAAACAAAGUAUAUGUUGCUUGCAAGCAGAUGUGGAAUGUUAUCAUUCGGUUUCACUAGAAGUAUAGAAGAAUGGUGAGUGUCUCCAUGGAAUGGGAUGGCAUUUGCAGUAUAUUGGUUGUAUUUAAAAUGACUACUUUUCUUCAAAACUGAGCCUUUAUAAAAAAGACGUUAGCAAACAGGGCUUGUUGCAAGCCAAAUGUGUUUGACUUUAGAUUUGUACAUUUUCUUGGAUGUUGAAAAUAUUUAUGUAAACUAGUUAUAUUUUUCAAUCCAAAUAGCCAAAUGUUUGUGAAUUCUUGUUAGAAAUAAGCAGAGUAUAAAUACUGAUCCCUCUUUCAGGUUGGAUUUGAGAGCAUCUCUGCAAAAAAUAUGUGGUUAGAAACCCUUAAAGGGUUUCAAGCCAGGUGGAACUUUCUUGCUUUCACCUGCAAACUGAAAUCAGCAGGGUGCAGAGUAAGACUGUGGCUGACUUAAGGGUUUUUUCCUUUAUCCUCUGUAGCCGUGUGCAGUUGUUUGCAUUAAUCUGUCUCUAGCUCUCUUUGUGUCCACAAAUCUGUGACAGUUGCAAAAUCAGUAUUUUCUUGAUGUUACGCUGUAGGCCUUAAAAAAUUUUGCAUAUGUUUUGGCUGUGUUUUUACCCUGGGAUGCGAAUGGGAUUCCAGUUGGAGAGAUCUUUUCAGGAAAAAUAUUACAAAACAAUUCUCCCAAAUUGGGAUUGGAUCAUAGGUGGUUUUGUGAGGUCUUGUUCUAUUAGGAUGUAAUUACACCAUCAAUGUAGUUACAUACAUAUGAAUACAAAGUACUAAAACCACCUAAAACAGGCACAGUAGCAAACUGUGUGUGGCUUUUUUUUUUUCUCUUCCAGUAAAGUUAUGAAGACUCUUCCAAAUGAAAAUCAGCUAUAUUGAUUUUCUGUGUUGACUCAGGGAAUGUUCUGUUUGGGUAACUACUUUUUUCAUAAGGAAAGUAACACUAGAAUUGAGAGAGUAACUGAUAUAGCUCAGUUCGUAUCCUUGUGUGAAGAAAUAUAAUCGUUUGUAUGAAAAGAUUGGCAUAAUGCUGUAUUUCCUAUGUAAUAUGCAUGCGGCAUCUUCUGUAUGCGAACGUAUUCCACUUCCUACAUUUCCUGAUUCCGAGAGAGAUUAUUUCCUGUUUCUUGCAAUGUGUGUGCCUCUAUUUACCUUCUAACAUCCCAUAACUACUAACACUUUCUACAUUACAUUAUCAAAUGUUUCCAACUUUCUAGUAAAAAGCUCUUAGUUUAUUGCCUCAUCAGUAUCUGUCAGCAUUUUGCCAUGUUCUUUUCUGGGGCCAAGAUUUCAAGUCAUGGUUAUUUCUUCUAUUCCUCAAGUAAAAUACAGCAGCUAUAUAGGAAAUAAACAAGAAGGUUUGAAUGUAAUUUGUUUUAAGAAAUUAAGUUAUAAUUUAUCUGAGUGCAUUUGAAAAGCUAAUAGAAGAGCCACGCUUGUGUCAUGCACUUACUGUCCAACAACUUAGUUUUCAGUUUUAUUGCUUCAAACAACAAUUCAAAACCACAGGACCUGGUUUAAAGCCUUCAGGAAUUUUUUGCCGGACAAACUUGAUAGAAUGGCUGUCAAAAACCUGAGUGUACAGCCAGUUUGAGUAGUUCCAUCUGAGAAGGGCAAAACAGGCCCCCAAAGCUCUACUGAUCUACUGCUUCUGACAAGUAAAAUGUAUCUAUGGAACUGCAACUUCAGCUCCUGGUCUCUGUGUGUAUUUCUGUAUCUCCUGAAACUUCUGAUGCUCUUUUCUGUUUGAUUCCACAACUCUGUAAUAGACAUUUUAUGUACAAAUUAUGUAUUUUCAAAGGCUAAGUAAUACUUGAUAACACAGGAAGAGCUCUGGUGAAAUAAGACUAGGGCUGCAUUUAUUCGUGAUGAAUCUAGAGCUUUCUGAUUCAGCAUGUAGGUAAGAAAAUAAUAAAAAAUAAUCACUUGCUUUUGUGAAAUGGCUAACAUAUUAUCUGCUGUCUGGGAUUUAAGUGGUCAGGCUCCACGUUGUAGUGAAGACUGAAUAAAGGUUCAUUAAGGAUUUAAGCACCUAUAAAACUAACUUCAGCAACUUAAAGCACACUAGGUAAAUUUAGGCUUAGGAAUUCACGAUGGUGAGUUCCAGGAGCCAGGCAAGUGGUUGGUAUUUACACAUACAAGGUAUAGGAAGAGGACCCUCAGGGAUCCCUUUUCAAUAUCCUUGUCUGUCACCUCCUCACCUGAGUUUCUUCUGUACAAUUCUCCUAUGUCCCAAAUUCAUAUAGCCAAGUUGUUGGCACUCGGCAUUCCCCUUACUCCCACAGACUUCCUCACUGGCCCCAUUAGAAAGCUGACUUUCGGGGUUUUUUUGGUAUAUUGAUCAGAGAAAAGGCAGAAUGGGGUGCCCUCUGCAGUGCUGAGCUGAUGUGCUGCUGCUUGCUGCUUUGUACAGGGACUCUGCUAUGACAUUUCACAGUAUUUCUCUUAUGGGCAAGCAGACUAGGUAUCUUUCUCUGCAGUCUUGUUUUUUCCACUGUCCCAGCUAUCUCUGUUGUGGAGCCAAACAUACAAUCUAUUAAGAGUAUUUCCCUUUCUUUACAAAUGAUAGAGUAAGAAACUUGUAUUAAUUUUCGAUCUUUUUAAGAACUGGCAUCCUGCUAGCAGUUGGACUGUGAGUUAAACUCGUACAGUGAUUAAGACUCAUGCAGUGCAUGCAGAUGAAGUGACCUUUGUAACACGUAAUUGUCAUGAACAUGUAUAUUUGCUCUUUGGCAUGUGCUGAACCUUACUUUUGGGUUGUAGGAAGGCAUGCAGCCACUGAGGUUCAUCUGAGCUCAUGUAGUCUUAAUUGAAUGGUUGUAAUCUCUUUAGUUAAAUCCAAUGCAAACGCAAGUUACUUCCCUCCUGUGUUAAAAUUUCCAGUUUCAGAAACACUGAGUCCUAAAUGAACUGGUGAUGGUGCCUCUGAUCAGUCACCUGUGAAGCUGUUGUUCCAGCUGUGUCACGAAGUAUGUUGCAAAGGUAUUUCUGGCUGUGCAGCAUGACCUGCCUUCCGGGUAAUACAGUAACGCACCUCACAACUUUCUGCCAUCAAAGGCACCUGUCUCUGCUUUUUGGAUGUGCCAGCAUUUGAGGAACUGCCUGUUGAGCACAGAUAAGAGAUAGAAGUCCCCAGAACCCCACAAGACCAAGUAUUGUUGACCCUGAUACUUCAUUUGACUGAAAUACUAAUUUUUCAUCAUUUUCAUGUCAUAACCUUAAUUGCUGUGCACAUCUGACACCAGUUUCCUCAAAUAUCACAAUGUAAUCAUCAUUUUUAGAUCAGUGUUCUAGUACAUUGCACUUGUUUGACCUUGUACAUCUGUUUUAAGCACCUUUGUAAUUACAUUUAGUAUUUUGCCUAAACAAGCUUCUGAUUUCCGUACAAAUUAUUACUAAGCAGAGAAACUAAUGAGGCAGUAUUUAAUUGUAAAAGUGAAGGCCUGAAUACAGUUUUUAAACACAGAAACUGUUGCUUGAUAAUUGAACGUACAAGUAAUGUAUUUGAUUUUUCUUGUGCUGCUUGAAAAAUAAAUACAUCCAGCCUGUUUAAAUUUC